AUGGCGAGUGCUUUUGACGAUCUUACUCGUCGGUACUUAAUGCGUCACUAUGAAAUAUUUGACCGUGAUAAGGUCGGCCGUGUGCCGUUAGAUGACCUUAUACCUCUUGUGCGUGUGUGCGGCGCGACACCAACAGAAGCGGACAUAGAGCCCUUAAAGUUGGAGGCUGACCCUGAUGGCCGCGGAUCAAUGAAUUUUGAUGGCUUUUGCCGCGCCAUGAUGACAGCGUACAAGAAUAUGAGGACACCGCAAGAUCUCAAGGAGGCAUUUUUGGGAAUAGAUCCAGAUAGUAAGGGGCUCCUUUCCCAACAUGAGCUUCGCUACAUUUUGACCACGCAGGGUGAUUGCUUGAGCACGGAGGAAAUGAAUGAGUUUGUGGAGGAGAUGCGGUCUGAGAUGGAUAUGGAGGGAAACUUUGUGUACACAGACAUGGUCUACAAGAUGACCCCGGAAAUGUUUCGUUGA